AUGCUGCUGGAAGAGGCUCCAGUGGCCGUCGACUCGUUCAGUCAUGAGCCUGGAGUGACCUUCUUUUGCAGCCAUGCUCACGACGACCACCUGAAAGGGCUGAGCGGAUCUUGGCGCCGUGGCCCCAUCUAUACAUCUCACGUCACGGCACGAUUACUGCGUCGGCGCUGGCCGCCGCUAGAGCCGUUUCUUAAGCCGCUGGAGAUUGGGCCGGUGCAUCGCAUUCUCUUGGGCAGUGCCGGAGGCCUCGAGAUCGAAGUGUGCUUGGUAGACGCCAACCACGUGCCAGGUUCUGUGAUGUUCAUAUUUUCAGGAUAUUUUGGCACACUACUAUACACUGGCGAUUUCCGCUUUCAUGACGAUCAUGUGCAUCUGAGCGUUCUUCCCCUUCUCGCCCGACCCAAUGCCGAACUCUCGCGGAUUUUCCUGGACAACACAUUUUGCCAUCCUCAGUUCACGCACGCUCCGCGGGCAGAAGUCUGCAAGGCAAUCACAAAGCGCAUAAUCAGCAAGUGGCCCUGCAUAGCUUUCGUGGUUGUUUACAAAAUGGGUAAAGAGUCGCUGCUGGCUCAUUUGGCAAGGCGCCUGAAGACAGUCGUCCUGCUUCCCAAAGAGCGAAUGCUGGUGGCAAAGGAUCUCGGGCUGCAUGGAAGUAUACAGGAGCAACCCUGCAAUCCGCAGAGCGCUCCGGCAGAGGAGCUUCGGCGUCGCAGCCUGCAGGGCUGCAUCUGGGCUGUCUCGCGCAGGAAUCUUCGAAAAAGUCUCUGGCAAGCUACUGAAUCAGGAGCUGCCGCGCACGCCAUCCAUCCAUCUGGCUGGGCCGAGCUAUCACGGAAUCAACAUGUGCCUUGCUACGAGGAUUCCCAUACGGUCAGUGGGCAGAGCGUUCCGGUAUUUGUCAGUGAUGAUGGGGUUUCACACUAUCCUUAUUCAGACCACUGCUCCUACCUUGAGCUGGUCCAAUUUCUUUCGUGUUUGCCAUCCGCUCCAGUGACCUUCAUCGGACCACUGCCAAAGCCUGGACCGUUCGGGUACGAUGGAGAGGUGGGUUUGCACAGGCUCCUGCACGAGGCUGGGGUGCCUUCCAUCAAGUACUACCAGCAAGGCCGGUCUGGGAAGGUUGAUAGAAAGAGGGCGGCAGCGCGGCGCCAGAUGGCCCAGAUUGCUCCAACGACAUCUGAGCUGGCUGCGAACCCGGUGGAAGAGCCACUGGCAAGAGCCAUUGCUUGCUCCGGCAUUGCGCUGGCCGCUGUCUCCUGGGCAGCCGUCUUCGUGCCCUUGCAAGACGGGUGGAAACCCCUGCCGAAAGGAUUGGUGCAGCGACGUGGCAUUCAACACCGAAGUCCAGGCGAGUCCUUCCCUACCCGAACCCGGUUGGCCUUCGAUGGCCUGGACGAUCUCGAGGAAGAGGAGGAAGAGCCGCUCAACGAGACCGGAACGGUUCCGAAGGAUCGAGCUUUGAUACCUCGACCAGUCGGUAGCGGCUUUCAAAGUCUCGAAGAUCUCUAUGACAAGCAUAGGGGUACCAAAGAGAUCCCUGAGCUUGAGGAGGAGGAGCUUGAAGAGUUGCACGUCCUGCUGAAAGAUGAGAUCCAAAGGUGUCCAUCGAUUUCAUCUGUUGCCUGGGCAGCCAAAGCGCUGGAGGAGUUGGAGCUCGAGGACGACGAUGUCUUCGAGGUGAUUGCAGAGAAGGUGACGGAUCAGGUGGACGAGCUUAGCCCACAGGAGACUCUGGACGUAGUGCUGAGCUUCGGGGCGAUCUAUUACAACGAUGACGAGUUCUUGGAAACCCUCGUGGGUGCUGUCCGGAGGCAGAUGAAAUUCUUCACCAAUGCUGAGGUCGUCCGCCUGGCAAAUGCCAUGUCGCGCCUCGGUGGGCUGGAUGACACGAAGCACGUAGGCAUGUUCUUUGAGAUGCGAAAGCGCGUCAACAUGCCCUUGAUAGACAAGGCUAUCAGGGAAAGGCUUCGUGCUGAAGCGACCUAUCCCAUGCCGACGGAGGACAUGAAGCAGCUCAUCUCCAAGGUCAGGUUGCCGCAGAACAGCAGAGUGAAGAAGCAGUUCAAGUCCAAGAUGGCCAAGCAGUUAACGCUGAUGAAGUAUACAGCGGAGGCCGAGGCUGCGAAACAGGAGGAGAUCGAUCCAGAACUGGUCAACGAAGGUCCAUCCAUGCAGGACAUCUUGGAUGCCACCCCAUGA